AUGGAUUUAGAUGAUGAGUUUGAUUCUAAUGGCGAGGAAGACUAUGAUUUUGGGGGUUCAGAUGACGAAUACCAUCUAUCAGACUCCUUAGUUUAUGAAGAUUAUAUUAGUACCGAUAAUUCUGCGAAAAUUUGCGAAAGCGACUGUUAUUUAUUCAACAAUGAUCACCAUAGUGUUGAAAUCGUUGCAAAGAAACAUUCUGAGGGCAAAAAAGGUCCAUUUGGUAUGUUGGGUCUCAGUGAAGACUUAAUAUUUUCUCUAGAGAAACGGCUAAAAUUCAGACAACCAUCGCCCAUACAACGGAAGGUAAUCCCUCAUGUUCUGAAUGCUCGUGAUAUUUUAUGUCUAGCUAGAACUGGUUCUGGAAAAACUAUAUCUUAUUUGGCGCCCAUAGUGCAACGACUUAACUGUCACUCAACUAGGGUUGGCAGUAGAUGUCUAAUAAUCCUGCCCACCAGGGAGCUAUCCCUUCAAAUUGUUAAGGUCCUUAGGAAGUUGAUGGUUAAAAAUGAUCUAAAAAUUGCCUGUUUGAUUGGAGGUCAGGGAAUAGAAACCCAGUUUUCGGCUUUGGCGAACAAUCCAGACAUUUUAAUUGCCACGCCUGGCCGUUUGGCACAUCAUUUAGUUGAGAAAAGUUUACAAUUGGUGAGAGUUGAAAUAUUUGUGCUGGAUGAAGCGGAUAAACUUUGUGAGGAUGGAUUCCUCCCUCAUAUAUACAAGAUUGUAUCACAACUACCGGCAAAUAGACAAACAAUUGUCGUGUCUGCUACGCUACCUACCGAAGUUGCAGAGUUUACCAAAUUUAACCUUAAGGAUCCAUUCCUAGCUAAUUUAGAUAAGGAUCACCAGUUGAGUGACGAUUUAAGAGUGGACUUCCUAUAUGUACCUUCUGACUUUAAAAUACCAGCACUGUAUAAGAUUGCUAACAAGCUCAAGGAGAAAAGUACAAUAGUGUUCGUGGCCACUCGGCAUCAUGUAGAAUUUUUUAAAUUGCUAUUUGACCUGUCACAUCUAAAAGCAUCCUAUGUGUACGGCAGCAUGGAUAUGUCGCUCCGUAUGCAACAAAUGGCGAAUUUUAGUAACUCUAAAACAAACUUUUUAAUAGUAACAGAUGUGGCAGCUAGAGGUUUGGAUAUACCAAUUGUGAAUAAUGUGAUAAACUUUGACUUUCCUUAUUCUCCCAAAUUGUUUAUCCAUAGGGCGGGACGCACUGCUAGAGCAGGACGAACUGGAGUGGCAGUGUCCCUAGUCACUCUUCAAGAACUCUCAUUCACAACCGAGUUAGAGCUAUUUUUGGGCAAGAAAAUUGAAAUCGCUAGGAAAGAAUUGAAAUCAUGCCUUUUGGGUUCCAUUGGCAGGCUGGACAAUGAAAUGGAAUAUGUGGAAUCUGUAAUAGCUUGCAAUGUCGAAUUACAGCAUCUGCGGCGUUCAAUGAAUGCGGCACUGAAUCUUUACUAUAAAACUAGACCUAUGCCUAGCAGAAAUAGUGUUAUUAAUGCUAAAAAACUGAUAGCAUCAUGUGGAGGAUUGCCAAUACUUAACCGUUCAACCCAUCCAUAUUGGUGUGACCUAACAGAUGCUGACAGCGAUAAUGUUGAAUUUUUGAAGGCAUUGAAUAAGUUUCGACCUGAAAAGACUAGAAUGGCGGUUAAGGCAUGUGAAGCAUUUGAAAAGUACCAUAAUAUCAACAACUAUAUGCAAGAAAUUAAGCGAACGGGUGGAAAUAGUGAUGGAAUGGGGCUUGAAAUUGUUACUAGAAGCAGUGAUGUUAGUAGUGACGAAAUAAAAAUAAACCAUGAUACCUUGGAUGACGACAGAUCCUACCUAGAUAGACUUAUCCAAAUUACAAAUGGCAAUACUGCAGAUGUAAUAAGCAAUAUAAAUUCAAUAAAUAAAUCUAUAGCUGUAUCUAAGAGGGCAAAGAAUAGACUUGAAAAGGGCUUGCCUUUAUUUCAAAACAAUAACAGGCGCCAUGUAACGAAAAGCCUUAUCUCAUCUACCAGCUCAAACUGCAAUUAUGCUAGAAAGUGUGCGAUGAGACUGCCAGAUAUGACACUAAACAUAAACCCUGAUGCAGAACGCGAUUUGCAGCGCAAGAGAUACUCACAGAAAACAAGGUGGGACCCUAAAAAGAGGAAAUUUACCCAAAAUAUAGUGGAUAAUCUGACUAAAGAAGUUUAUAAAAACGAAUCUGGUGUGAAAGUUAGGGGUGAAAUGCAGUGUAAAGGGUUGCUGAAGAAAUGGAUGGCCAUUUCCAAAAUUAGGCUACAAAAAUCAGGGGAAAUUGAAGAAUCCAGGACUAGAACCUUUUUAAAAUCUAAGAGAUCAGCCAAAAUUGAUUGUGAUGACGAAAUUAACUUGAAAGGCGAUAAAUUUAGUGAGAUUAGCAACCCUAAAUACGCAGCACUGAUUGACUCUUAUAGGAGGGAUAAAAAGUUGACACAUAAGGAAACUAGAUUGCUCAAAAAGAUUACUGGUAAAAUUGAUAAAAAUGAUACGAAUAAAAUUGGAAAAGGUAAUAUGACCGGCCGAGAAUUGAAAACUCCACUACAAAUACAAUAUGCACUAAAAAGAUCAACAAGAGCCAAUACAGUUGCGAAGUUUAAGAGAAGGCAAGAGGAAAAGAUGGCGAAGCAGUCGGCGCCAUCUAGGUCCAUCAAGUUUUGUUGGAUUUAA